CACAAAACGGUAUGACAAUCACGGAUUUUGUUUCAACUAUUUUAAAUCCCAGUUUUUUUUUCUUCUUUUUUUCUUCUUUAUCUUUUUUGUAUACUAUGGAAGAGCUAGUGAGUCCUAGCACCAAUUCUUCCAGCUUAAAAGUAGCUGGAUUCCCUUGCGUAUGGAUAUUUAAAUUUCUUUGUGAAGACGAAGAACCACUUCCCGGUUCACCUGCUCAAACAUCCAAAUCCCCUACAGGUUUUGUUACUCAACUUAUUCUUUGUACAAGUGUAGGUGUUGUCUGUUUUCUACUAUUUUGUUUUCUGCGUGUUAGAUGGAGUGGUAUUUAUUCGCCAAGACUUCGUAUGAGAAAGCACGCACCCGACCAACUACCCACUUCUUUUUUUGGCUGGAUCUUACCUUUACUCAAGACACCAAACUCUGUCGUGAUGGAUAAAGUUGGAUUAGAUGCUGUUGUGAUGCUUCAAUUUUUGUUGAUGAGUGUGAAACUGUUUGGUUUCUGUGGAUUCUUUGGUACAGUCGUACUUUAUCCUAUCAGCAAAAUGGGUGGUAAUUUCAGUAAUGGUACUCAACCAGAACAACCCAAUGGUACUCUUUAUACACUUUCGAUGCAACACAAUGAUUUCUUUGCCAGCAAACUCAACACUAGUUUUAACGCUCAUUCGGUUUCUUUUCUCUGGGUUUAUUUGUUCUUUACUUACUUGUUUGUGUUUGCUACAUUCUAUUUUACGUUUCUGAAUUACCGUGACUAUGUACGUAUCCGACGUGAAUUUCUGCUGCGUAAGGCAAAGACGUUAUCUGCACGCACCUUGUUGAUUACAGGCAUACCCCCUCACCUUAGAUCAGAUCGUAAAUUAGCAGAAUAUUUUGAAAAAUUGGGUAUUGGCGUUGUUCAAUCGGUUCAUUUGAUUCGUCAUGUCGAACGUUUAUUGGAAUUCAUUAAGGAACGCACUCAACAUUUGCGACAGUUGGAAACAGCUUAUACAAACUACUUGGGCAACCCAGUCGAAGAUCCAGCCUAUGAUCCUGAAGAUAUUUUGAAUUACCAAGAUGCGCGCGAAGCUCAGUGUGCUUCGAACGAUACACUGCCUACUUAUCUCAAGGCUCGUGAAAGACCUAUGAUACAGCAAGGCUAUAUCUGUGGACCUCAAGUAGACGCUAUUGACUAUUAUACUGAAAAAUUUGAUGAAGUGGAUGAAUUGGUCGUCAAAGCGCGUAAAGUAGGCAAGUUUUUACCAACCAGUGUAGGGUUUGUGACAUUCGAAGAAACCAUCAGUGCUUAUGUGGCAUCACAAGUCUUGAUUGAUUCUACACCGUUCCGAUUACGAGCUCAAUUAGCGCCUGAACCGCGCGAUGUGCUCUGGGAGAACAUUGCUAUGCAUGGUAGAGAGCGUGUCAUUCGAAAAGCAUUGAUCAUGUUCAUCUUGUUAUUCCUUGUAUUUUCAUGGACAAUUCCCUGUAACUAUUUAUCUGCAUUAACAUCAACAAAAUCACUUAAGGCCUAUUUCCCUUGGUUACUCAAGUUGGCUGAAAAGAACAAGAUUUUGAAUCAGAUUGUUGCAGGUUUUAUACCUACACUAGGUGUUGUUAUUUUCUUUUCCAUCCUACCAUUGAUAUUCAAUAGUCUGAGUGUGAUUGAAGGUUUCACCACAAGAAGUGAAUCUGAAGAAUCUUGUUUUGCAAAGCAAUUUUUCUUUUUGUUCGCCAAUGUCUUGUUGUUCAUUACAGUAACAAGUACUUUAUUCAAAUCACAAAAAGACAUCUUUGAAGACCCUAUCAAAAUUGCCAAUAUCUUUGCUUCUAAAUUACCUGAAGUUGCACCCUUUUAUAUCAACUAUACUGUUCUUCAAGGCAUUAUGCUUUGCCCUAUUCAAUUGCUGCAAAUCGGCCCUAUUAUUGUUCAACAAUUCUACCGUACCUUCCUUUGCAAGACACCCCGUGAUUAUGCUGAAGUCUUUGUCCCUCGCAUGUACAAUUUUGGAUGGGGCUACCCUGUACCUGUAUUCAUGUUUGUCGUCAUCUUGGUCUAUUCCACCAUUUCUCCACUCAUUUUAGUGUUUGGUGUGAUUUAUUUCGCCAUGACCUACCUUGUAUGCAAAUACCAACUCCUCUAUGUCUAUUUUCAUUCAUAUGAAGUAGCAGGCCGUAUGUGGCCCUUGGUAUUUACUCGUAUAAUCAUUGGUUUAUUGAUCUUUGAAUUGACAUCUGCUGGACUAUUUACACUGAACAAGUCGUAUCCUCUUGCUGCUUUAUGUAUUCCUCUAAUUUUCCUGACAGUAGCAUACAAGUUUAUGAUGGAUAGAGCAUACCAACGCAGCACCCAGUUCUUACCACUCCAAUUACUUUCAGAAAAAUUAGGACCGAUGAAGACGACUGCUUUAGAUACUCAAUCUAUUUAUCGUACAAGUCCUACGGAUAUUCAACCGCAACUAACUGCUCCAGAGACAACAACAGCUGAAUCAAGUAACAAUACAGCCAUUAUGAAGAGAAACCGAAAACGACGUACUGUAUUGGAUGAAGACGAUUAUGUAGCAGAUCCACGUAAAUUUACAGAUUUCAGGGAACCGCCUAUGACGCUUCUCAAUGGUAUCUUAAAUACGGGCAUGAAACAGUACGGUCAUCCGGCCUUAUUAGGUGUGUUACCACAACUGUGGUUGCCUGUGAGAGCUGGGUAUGAAGAUAGAUCAAUUGUCAAAAAAGACCAUCAUAAUGCUAUGAGUAAUACAUCUUCUUCGGAUUCAUUCACUUCAUCAUCGUCCAUAUCAGCUUCUGUCAUGAUGAAGCAACAACAGCCAAGAUUAGAUGAACCAAAUGAAAAUCAACCUCUUUUACAGGAGCAACCAAAACCAAGAAAUAUACCAACCAUGAGUCAAUCUACUCCUAGCAAACUCAUUACCACGAUACCAAUGCCACAAGACGAAGAUGAUGAAACGGAAGAAGGAGGAAAUACAGAUGAAGAAGAAGAGGAAGACAACGUGGGCACAUAUUAUCAUCAUCCCGAACGUCGACUAUCAAAGAACUUAUUAAGCCAAUCGUAUGGUGCAAUUGGUGCUUUGCCUUCAUUACCAAGGUCGUUACCAGGUCAACCGACCAAAAAGAAGAAAAACAGACGAUUUCUUACAAAAAAUAUGCGCAAAUUCUCCUCAUUUUUCAAUUGAGGAUCCCCUUUUCGCCCUUUUUUGAUAUGCCCACGCGAUAGUCCCCCUUUUAGCCAAAAGAAAAAAAAAAGGAGAUGUAUAUUCUUUAUGGUACAAUUCUUUGUGGUUUUUUUUAU